UGCAGAAUGAAACUGCUGGUCUGUCUUGAUAAAGGGUAAUGCAAGGCCACUGGUCAGUACGGAAGUUUGGAUGGUCUAUAAUUACGCCCUCACCUCAUUGGGUAUUUGUUUCUUAAGCCUUUUUGGGGUUGUCUGAGCAGCAGCUGAAACCUCGACCACACUGUGCUUACAUAUCGGGUACGAUCAAACCCUCCACAGUCCUGAUCUGAAAUCGACGAGGUCGGAGCAGAAACUAAGGGACCAGCCACCAUGUCUGUCUCCCAGAUCACCCCGUCUCUCUUCCUCAGCGGCGCCGACGCAGCCCUGAACAAACCGCUGCUCUCCCGCAAGGGCAUCACCCUCAUUAUCAACGCCACCCUGGAGCACUCGUGCCCCGUGUACCGCGGCGUGCAGUGCCUGCGCGUGCCCGUCGCCGACCUGCCGCACUCCCGCCUGGGCGACCACUUCGACAGGGUGGCGGAGCGCAUCCACAAGAACCGGACGGGCGGCACGCUGGUCCACUGCGCCGCCGGCAUGAGCCGCUCCCCGGCCCUGGUCAUGGCGUACCUCAUGCGCUACAAGGGGGUGACGCUGCGCGAGGCCCACCACUGGGUCCAGGACAGCCGCCCGUCCGUCCGCCCCAACGCCGGGUUCUGGCGCCAGCUGCUGGACUACGAGAAAAAACUCUAUGGAAAGAACACUGUAAAGGUGGAGCUGGUGGACUAUGAGGACAAACUGUAUGGAAAGAACACUGUAAAGGUGGCCUCUCCUCUUGUGGCAGACUCCAUCUAUCAGUCAGUCACCAUGCCAGUAAGUCCGUCACAGGGUAUUGCUAGAUACUGUCUGUACCGAUGAUGGGGCCCCUGCUCCU